GGCGCCGAUGCUGCUGCCCUUGGGAGGAGUGCGGCCCCGCGCCGGCGUCCGCGCGCGAGCGCACGCGGCGCGCAAGCGGUGCGGUGGUUGCGGCUUUGUUUUGGGGGUCCAGGGCAGCCCCUGCUGGGCGUUAUUGCGAUGGCCUCUCACAACAACCUCGCGUUAAGACGUGCGGGUUCCAAACCCACAGCCACCUCUCCGCGACCGCCCGAGCCUUCAGCUCGCGGCGGGAGGCCUCGGCGAGCGAGGCUCGCGCGGUGCCAAGGCAGCUUUUUGCUUUGGACAGGCAGCGCUAGGCGCGUCUCGGCCGCAUACAUACGCGAGGGGCAGCCCGAAUCGAUCAAGAGAGGCCUUUGGACGCGGCCUCGACGCGUGCAGGCCGCGCAGCGGCGCAGCCGCACCCCUGGGACUUGCCUCCAGGCAGCAGUGCCUCCACAGGGCAGCAGGGCGCGCCGCCGCGACCAUGAUGGGCCGCCGGCCCCAGUCGUCGGACGGCAACGCCUUGUUCCAUGCGGCCCUGCGGAAGCGGAACGAGGACAUGUCUACAAGAGAUUCUAGAGUUGUCCACAAGAGCGACGAGGACGAGAACCCGUUCCUCCCACCGCUGCCGCAGCACCGGCACAUCGGGCGGAAGCGGCCGAGUGAUGAGGCGGCGCUGAAUUGUGAUUUUAAGUACUUGCUGAUCAGGCACGGGUCCUACGCGAAAGCUAGAAGCGCUUUACGUCAAGCGAGACAGCAGCAAUACACGGACAAGAUGAAACGGUUGGCCAAGGCCGAAUCUGAAAGGCAGAAGGUCAUCGAGGUGCAGCAGGUCAUCAAGUUGUCGAACACCACGGGCCAUCCUACGUUGACGAAUCCGAUCAGCAAGCAGAUCGCGACGCGGAAGAAGAAGAACAAGCCCCCGCCGCCCCCGCCCAAGCCGAACUCGCGGGAGAAUCCCCGCUCCAAGACCAUCGCCGAGAUGACGGACGACGAGAAGGCAGUCUUACAAGCGUCGAGGAUGAAAGGCUUACAAAAAGAGCAAGCCGCAGCGUUGGCUCGUGACUUACAGCGGCAGCAGGAGGUGCAGCGCGCCUUCGAGGCCGUGGACGAUGGCUCGGGUACUCUUAGUAAGAAUGACUUCGAGGAGCUGCUUGAGAGCUUGGGUCUCGGUGCGCGACCACCGGAUAAGGAUGAAGGAGUACCUUCUCAAUCUGUAUUCAGAGUACGAGCCGACGAGUGGUGGGCCGCGACGGACGUCUACAAGGCCGGGAGGAUCGGGAUUGGGGAAGCGGUCAACGCGCUACCCGAGCGAAUAUAUGCUGCAUUGGAUGAGGACAGAAAACAAAGGAACAAGAUCGUCGCUUAUCGCGAAUCGUUGUUGAUGGAGGCCGAGGACUUCGACGCCGAAGAGGUCGCUGAAGAAGAUUUGGAUCCCAUACAAAGAGAACUAAGGCGGCCGACGCUCCAGUACAAGCCCUUUGAGUUCAUGAAGCUGGUCAAGGCGCCGCCGCCGCCGGCGUGGCGCGACGACGGCGGCGCCUGGGGUUCACCGGUAGAAGCCCCACCUCUACCCGAAGACGGAGCGAAACGAGAAGGCUACCUCGCGGUGCAGCGCCACGAAUUGAUCGUCGUGGAGCGAGGUCUCCAGUAUUUACCGUUGUUUCUGGGGUCGACGUUGAUGCAGCAACUAGGUGUUACGAAGAUAAGCAUGCCGCGCAACCGCAUACGGGAGCUGCACUGCUUUGAACUCGCCCCUGCGGUCGGGUGUCGCUCGUUAAUCAUGCUUAAGGAGUUGAGGAUGCCCGGGAAUGGUUUGAGGUAUCUACCGGACGACAUUGGCCUACUGAGACAAUUAACAUAUGCAGAUCUAGGAAGAAACUCCCUGACGCACCUACCCCAGUCGUUCAUGGAGCUUGGAGAGACGUUGACGUUCCUAGACGUCACUCGUAAUAACUUUAAAAGACUACCGGACGAUAUUGGCGAGCUCAAGGCCCUGCAGACGUUCCUAUGUGCGGACAACAUCCUGCAAAGAUUACCGGCAACACUACCUCGCUUACACGAGCUGCAGUACCUGGACAUCUCGGGCAACGGUCUCGCGCAUCUUUGUACCUUUGCGCCACUCGCGGAAGUCGCGCGGAAGUUCACGGCCGGUGAGUCUGAUUGGGAUUUCAGAAAAAUUCCCCUCAGAAAUGUUGCGUACUAUGUCAACACGAGGACGGGCAAGGUCCAGAAGACCAUGCCCCACAUGCUGUCCUUAACUCAAAGGGAAUUAGGACAGUUGAAGUUGGGCCGGAAUUCGCGCAGUGACAAGCCUCCUGCUGGCGAGGUGCCGCCGCCGGAUCCUUCCCUCAUCACGUCCACCGUAUCCUACAACCACCGGAAGAUGUUGAUCGCGUCUUUUGGAGUUGAUGAGUGGACGGUGGACUGGAGUGAUGCGGACGGUGCCAUGGUCUAUGAGUCUGCUGUUAACUCUGAACGUACUAUAGAGAUGCCUUCUUCUCUCGAUAGAUUGGGCCAGUUACGGUCACUCAUUGAUCUGAGAUGCGACAAUAAUCAGUUGCGAGAUUUACCACCCUCAUUAGCUAAUUUAAAAAAUCUGCGGCUGUUCAGAUGUCGAGGAAACUACAUCCGCCGGUUGAUGCCGGACACGGGCAAAUUACAAAGUCUACGUACUUUAGAUUGUACCCAAAAUGAAAUGAGCCAUCUACCGGCAUCCUGUGGGAAACUACAAAGACUACAGUCCAUGUCUCUGCAAUCGAACAGAUUCGAGAAACUACCGCCUCUGAUCGGUAAACUUACCGGUUUGAAGCGAUUGAUGCUCGGUAAUAACGCCCUCGAAACAUUACCGUAUGAAAUUGGCUUUUUAACCUCGCUCCAGGAGCUGCAGGUGUUCAAUAAUCCUUUGAUAGAUCCGCCCUACGAAACGAUAUCUGAUUUACCAGCCAUGAUGUGGGCCUGCCGCCAGAAGUACUGGGCCAUAUUGAACGGCCCCGUGCCCGUCGUGACGGCCCAUCAGACGGGUGCGGGCGACGAAGUUUAUGAGCCUGAGCCUGCCUAUAAGAUCCGCAUGGCUAGGAAAGUUGAGGAAGCGGCAGCGACUGGACGCUUAGAACUACAGCUCCAGGGCGUCUACGAGAUACCAGGCGCGAAGUGCAUCGAACGAAACGCUAAGGGAGACGACAAGUGGGCGCACCCGCACCUCGAAGGUUUACGUGUCUUAAAGAUGUCGAUGAACCAUUUCAAGCAGGCGCCGUUGUUGACCGAGUCUUUGGGCAAUUUGCGAGUUUUAUGGUUGAAGGCCUGCGAGAUCAAGCAACUAAAUGAGGACGUCGACAACCUGCAGAAGCUGCGCGAGUUAAUUUUGGAAGAAAAUGAAUUGACAGAAUUACCGCGCACGUUCCCGCGACUAAGGCAGCUGCAGCUGUUCAACUGCGCGCGAAAUAACAUCUACCACCUACCGGAGGACCUGGGUAAUUUAACAGCCUUAGUUACGCUAGACCUGUCGAUGAACCAGCUCGAGUUCCUACCCGACUCGAUAACGAAUCUACACUACCUAGAAGAGUUAAGUGUAGCGAAGAAUGAUUUGUAUAAACUACCGGAGAUAGCGCCUCACCUCGAGCACCUGACCGCACUUAAUUUAGAUGCGAAUAAUUUGCACUUGCUACCACCUCGCUUAGGGGAGUUGCCCCUCAAGUACUUACGAGCUUCGCAUAAUCGCCUAGAACGAAUAUAUGACGACACGUUGCAAGGCAAGGUCGAGGAGACCCUAGAAGUACUGGGUGUAGCAUCGAACAACUUACUGGAGCUGCCGGCCUGCAUCCCCGCGUGUACCGCUUUGAAAAUAUGUCAAGUCGAGUACAAUCCCAUGCGCAAUCCACCAGCAGAAAUAUUAUCAGAGGGUGUGGAAAUUUUAUUACAGUACUGUCGAGUGCGAGAGAAGCGCUUCGACAAGUUCAAGGAACUGAUGAGCGAGUUCCAGUUCGACUACUCGGAAGCGCACAUGGCUCCGGAAGCCUUUGGCGUUCUUACGGGACGAACUGGUUUUUUAACACCAGAGGAUUUGGCUGCGUUCGACAAGCAGGCGGAUACGUAUCUGAAUGGGCAAUACUACUCGUGUCCGUCGACGGAUCUAGAAAUAUUGGAGAGGGUAGAUAACUUACGCCAUGAAAGAGAACAUACGUUCUAUCAUACGUUGUUGACGACCUUAAUCGACGUGAUUGAAGACGAGUUGAAGAGAGUUACUGGUUCCGGUAAGCGUCGGUUCGGCGGCGGUGUGCUGGUCGUCGAGCAGCGGCCGUGGGACAAGGACGGCGGGUACUGUGGGUCGUAUGCUAUCGCGCUGGACGCGUUGGUACGAGAGGCGAAGCCGGAUCGGUUCCGACGGACCACGAGACCGGCCCUCUUCGACAUCCUCAAGGUCAAACUCCCUCCCAGUCUAUUUGAUUACACAUUAGAGGUUCUAAAAGAUGCGAUCAUGAAGUACCAGGACCCGUAUGGGCACGUGUCGCAGCUCGACAAGGUCGAAUUUGAUAGAUGUGAAUGCAUCGACAAGAAUGGCCGGCCGAUCAACCACCGGAAAUGUGUGCUGCCGGCGGUCUGCAUCAAGAAAGUUAUAUAUACGCAGGGCGAGGCGACGCGUGCGUAUUCAGCGUCUGUUUUUACGCCGUCGACGCGACGUCCCGUCACCGUGGGCCCCCCGAGAGCGCCACCCGGCACGCCAUCACCGCGCCACACCCACGCAGGCCGCGUCCAGGAGGACGACAAGAUCGCCGCGACGUGGCGCAACCUGUGGAAGGACAUCGAGCAGAAGAUCAGGCAGCGGCACGGCAAGUUAAUUAUGAACAACGAGGUCCAUCGAAGGAAGCGCAACGUGCAAACAAAAAUCAAGAAGGCCAAGGAAGCCCUGGAUAAGGCGAAGAACGACGUCAAGAUGCUCUUGGACAAGUUGGAGAUCGUGAAGCGGCGCAUCGAAAACUUUGAAGCUGGCGAUGCGUUCAAUUUUCACCGCAUCGCUUCGUCGGAAGAGGCUGAAGAACUGGAGCAGGAGGCCACGAAAGCCCUAGAUGAUAAAAAACUGGAAGUGCGGCAGUUCGAGUCGCAACUAGCUGUAGCGAAGACGCACGCGAAGAUGCCGCCUAAAGUAGCCAUGAACAUCUGUCUCGAAGAUAUCAAGCGCAAGUAUUGUGUGAUGCGCUGGGAGGAAAUAGUAGAUGAAGCUAGACGAGAUGCGGUCGAGUACGGGUAUCGCCGGCCGUGGGACGGGGAUGAUGGUGAGGACUACGAGGUGUUCUAUAACAGGUACGGGCGAGGUAUCCGGGCGGGCCAGGAGAUCGAAACGCUCCCGUCGUGGAUCAAGCAGCUCAAGCCGGACCCCGCGCAGAUCUUCAAGCCCGACCCGAACCUCCCGCCGGGCGUCGUCCAGACGAAGACCCAGACGCAAAUACUGUACGAGUUGUUCCCCUACGACUGGAAUUAUACGGACGACAUGUCCCAGUAUGCCAAUGACUACUACGACGAGUUCGAGAGCGAGUUCAUUACCGAGGACAUGGCGGCGCAAAACCGAAGGAUCGCGCGGAAUCUCAGGAAUAUCGAGCAGACGGGGAAAGCGCUGGACAAGAAUUUUAGUCCGGAAGAUGUUAAAAAUGCGGUCGGUACCAAUGAUACUUCCGGAACGACGGACCAGUGGCGCAACGCGGAGAUGAGCGCGAAGGACGCCCAUAAGAUCGCCGAGGACGACGGCAUCUGAUGAUUGUGUAACUAGUGAUUUGUGUCUUUCUUUCUCGGGUAGGCGUCGUUUCGCGGCCGUCGCGUCCGUGAUUGGUGCUGAUCAAAACGGGUUUAGAGCUUGGAGGGGGGGGUUUUCAUCGAUUUUUUUAGCGCUGCGCGCGGCGCGCGACCUCUCGAUUAGGCGACUUGCGCGCGUCCUGCAAUAGACGCCAAGUCACCGUGUCUGAAAAAUGGACCUACCCAAAGCAGUCGCCAUUGCCGCGCGACGCGGAGACAUCGACGCUGGGCUGUUCAGGCUUGUAGGUCUCUUUUGUGGAUGGCCACUCUUUCUCGCGGUUGUGCCCGGCGUAAAAGGAGGCCACCGGUGGUGCGAACUGUUACUUAAUCACGGCGCUUACGCUCGCCGCGCUCAGACACGAUCAAUCAAAACAGGUUUUACAGGUCUUGCUUGCCUGCUUUUUGGCGCUAUACGCCGUCAAAGCGUUCACAAGAAAGCGCGAGCGGGCUUUCGCGUGGCCAGAUCUUGCUCCUCAGACAGACCACGGUGCAAUUUAGGGACUCAGCAUUGAUUUCAACACAUUGCAGUGCCAUGCGUGCAGAGCCCACCCCCUCUACUACGUCCGCGGCGACCGUGCGCUGGUCCCUCUUCGGCGUCGUCGCGUUGGCGGGGUACUUUUUUUUCAGCGACGGCGACGUCGGCUACCUCCUCACGCUCUCGGCGAUGGCGCGAAGCUUCGCGUUAAUGUCUGUGGCGUACGCGUUUCACAAGAGCGCCACGCCGGUCGCGCCGGACACGAUCCGCUGCCUGUGCGUCGUCGGCUUAUGCCGCGCCUACUCGUACUGGCGGCGCCAGGGCUACGUGCCGUACGACCCCUCGGGCGACUGGGCCUUCGUCCUCGUCGAGGGCAGCGGCAUCGCAGGGGCCCUGUACGCGGCCUUUGCCUCGCGCCAAGAAAAAUUUGCUCCGCCGCCGGGCGACUUCCUCAUCAUCACGUCGGGCGCAUUUCUUAUGGGCAUGGCGUUCCACGCCGACCUCAACAAAGACGCUAUAUCUGAUACCCUCUGGGCCGUCGCUGCCUACCUAGAAGUCUUGGCCUUGAUCCCGGCGCUCGUCGCGGCGCGCGCGGGCCAGCCGCAGUCUCUGGAGUUCGCCCGCGCGAUUGUGGUGUGUCGCGUGUUUUCGCUCGGGUUCUGGUCGCAAGCGUUCGCCGAGCUCAAGGCGCGCUCCGGCAGCUCUUUUGUCGGGGUAGUUGUGCUCGCGGUGGAGACACUUGCUGUCGUGCUCGCCGUGGAACUGCUCGCCGCUUCGUCACCGAAGGGACGCAACAAGAAGGACUAGUUUACUAAGUUAG